UUCUUUCAAGACGACAUGAAGCUACUGCCCAGCUGGAGAGCCGUGCUGCCCGUGGGCCCAUGGCCUGGGCUGUGCCCCUGUAUCCCAGCCUGGUCAUGGGCUCAGCAACCCAGAAGUAAAGACGGUUCUCAAACCUGUGUCUCAGAGAUGAGGGCUCAGGAGGACCCCGAGAGACCAACGCAGCAUGAGUUCCCGGGGUCAGCAGGGACUCCCGCCAGGGACCAGCAGACACCCAUGCCCAUGGAGCCCAAGUUCGAAAUGUUGUACAAGAUUGAGGACGUGCCACCGUGGUACCUGUGCACCCUGCUGGGCUUCCAGCAUUACCUGACGUGCUUCAGUGGCACCAUUGCCGUGCCCUUCCUCCUGGCUGAGGCGCUGUGUGUGGGCCGCGACCAGCACAUGGUCAGUCAGCUCAUCGGCACCAUCUUCACCUGCGUGGGCAUCACCACUCUCAUCCAGACCACGGUGGGCAUCCGGCUGCCGCUGUUCCAGGCCAGUGCCUUUGCGUUUCUGGUCCCAGCCAAAGCUAUCCUGGCGCUGGAGAGGUGGAAAUGUCCCCCGGAAGAGGAGAUCUACGGUAACUGGACAAUGCCGUUGAACACCUCUCACAUCUGGCAUCCUCGCAUUCGGGAGGUCCAGGGUGCAAUCAUGGUGUCCAGCCUGGUAGAGGUGAUGAUUGGGCUGAUGGGGCUGCCUGGGGCCCUGCUCAGCUACAUUGGGCCUCUCACGGUCACCCCUACGGUCUCCCUCAUUGGUCUCUCUGUUUUCCAAGCUGCUGGUGACCGAGCUGGCUCCCAUUGGGGCAUUUCAGCUUGCUCCAUUCUACUGAUUGUCCUGUUCUCGCAGUACCUACGCAACCUCACCUUCCUGCUGCCUGUCUACCGAUGGGGCAAGGGCCUCACGCUCCUCCGCAUCCAGAUCUUUAAGAUGUUUCCGAUCGUGCUGGCCAUCAUGACGGUGUGGCUGCUCUGCUACGUGCUGACCCUGACGGACGUGCUGCCGGCGGAUCCUGCAGCCUAUGGCUUCCAGGCUCGAACGGAUGCCCGAGGGGACAUCAUGGCCAUCUCUCCCUGGAUCCGCAUCCCCUACCCCUGUCAGUGGGGCCUACCUACGGUGACUGUGGCAGCAGUUCUGGGCAUGUUCAGUGCCACGCUGGCGGGCAUCAUUGAGUCCAUCGGUGAUUACUAUGCCUGUGCCCGACUGGCCGGGGCACCGCCCCCUCCAGUACAUGCUAUCAACAGGGGCAUUUUCACUGAAGGCAUCUGCUGCAUUAUCGCUGGGCUACUGGGCACAGGCAACGGGUCCACCUCCUCCAGCCCCAACAUUGGGGUCCUAGGGAUUACCAAGGUGGGCAGCCGUCGAGUCGUGCAGUACGGUGCUGGGAUCAUGCUAAUCCUGGGUGCUAUUGGCAAGUUCACCGCCCUCUUCGCCUCCCUCCCAGACCCCAUCCUGGGAGGAAUGUUCUGCACCCUUUUUGGCAUGAUCACCGCUGUGGGACUGUCCAAUCUGCAGUUUGUCGACAUGAACUCCUCCCGCAACCUCUUUGUACUGGGAUUCUCCAUGUUCUUUGGCCUCACCCUGCCCAAUUACCUGGACUCCAACCCAGGUGCCAUCGACACAGGCAUUCCUGAAGUAGAUCAGAUCCUAACCGUACUGCUGACCACAGAGAUGUUCGUUGGUGGGUGCCUUGCUUUCAUCCUGGACAACACAGUGCCAGGGAGCCCAGAGGAAAGAGGCCUGAUACAGUGGAAAGCUGGGGCCAACGCCAACAGUGAGACAUCAGCCAGUCUGAAGAGCUACGACUUCCCCUUUGGGAUGGGCAUGGUAAAAAGGACUGCCUUUUUCAGAUACGUUCCCAUCUGCCCAGUCUUCAGAGGAUUUUCUAAAAAGACAGAGAAUCAGCCUCCAGUUCUAGAGAACACUCCAGACAAUACAGAAACUGGGUCUGUGUGCACCAAGGUCUGAAACUACCUCUACAAAAGGAAGCACUGUAUGUAACAAGAACACUACAGAGAAGACAGAAGACCCGAGUUGGAAAUCCUGAGCUCUACCUAUUCCAAAUUCCUGUGUAAGCUUGGAUAGAUGACCCUCUGUGUGACUUAUUUUCACACCAGCUUAAAAACAAGUUGGAAGAAUGGGCCGAAGUCUCUAAGCACUCUAGAGACGUGACUAGCAUUAUUUUUGCUUCUUCAGUUUUACUCUCCUAAGCAUGCAUACAUGUCAAUAUAAAGGAAGAGCUGGAAAUCUCCACAUUGAACAUUGGGAUCUGAUAAAAAAGAAACCAGGGAGAUUCCAGUGGUAAAUGUAGACACGCAGGUAGGCUUAACCAAACAAACAAAACACCCAUAACUGAAUUUAAUUCCAAUAUCAUGUAUUUUAAGAGCAAUACUAACAUAUCAUAUUUAGAAAAAUAUUAAAUAUUCUCCCUUCCCACAUGGGAAAUAAAUUUAUACUUUAAGACCAGCUCAGUGAUAAAAAUGUCUAUUCAGAACAUUCUGGGCUUGACCAUCAACAUUACAUACACACAAAUAAAAAUCCUUAAGUGGGGGCUGGAGAGAUGGCUCAGGAGGCUAACAGCACUGGCUGCUCUUCCAGACAUCCCGAGUUCAAUCCCUAGCAACCACAUGGUGGCUCACAACCAUCAAUAAUGAGAUCUGGUGCCCUCUUCUGGCGUGCAGGUGUGCAUGCAGACAGAACAAUGUAUCAUAAUAAAUAAAUCUUAAAAAAAAAAAUCUUUAAGAGGUUUAAUUGUAAAAGAAAAGAAUUCUUGAAUAUCUUUUGGCAGCUAGAGAAGUUUAAGAAUGAAUUAAAAUAAUCUCAAAUAGUCCAAGUCACACAGAUCAGUUUCUGCCUUAUGGAUUUAUGCAAAUCCAGGUUAUACAUUAAGCCCAGCAAAGGCCUUUGUUCACCAGAGCAUUAUGUGACAAUGACUAAUGAAGACCUUGAGCAAGUAUGUCCCAACAGGUGGGUUACUGUAAUUUACUGCAAGGAAGGUUAAACCACAAUGUGAAUUCUGGUGUUUUCUAUAUUGUCCUUUAGCAGCAGAACGUUUUCCAAAAGCCUGGUAGAGAGGAUGACUGUAAAAUGACUCCGUUGGGAUACUUUUAAACAAUUAUCAUGCUUAAAGCCCAAUUCUUCAGGUUUAGGUGACAUGAACAGCUUAGUAAACUAAUGCAUAAUAAAGUGAUAGCAAUUGACAAAUUGCAGAGCCCACGAAUUCCAGAGAAUUCUUUCGGCUAGAAAGGUGAGCAUCCAAGACCAGGGGAAAAAAAAAAAAAAUCCAAUUUCAAAAUCUUGUGAGCACAGUGGCUCAUGCUUGUAAUUCUAGGUCUUGAUAGGCUGGGGUGUGAGGAUUGCUCCAAGUUUGAGGCUAGUCAGGGCUAUGCCUGAAUUCCAGGUUGGACUGUUAAGAGUGAAAUCCUGUUUCAAACACUGUACGAAACAAAAAAAAAAAAUCUUUUAUCUUAAUUGUAGUAAAAGACUCAUUAGGUUCUACUUUAGUGAUGAAAACUUUAUUGCCAGCACAUUACCAAUGACAAGACUAAGAAUAAAUAAGAAUAUGAAUCUAGGUCUGCACUCUUUUUCUGCCAAGAGCUUGUAAAAGUAUCUCAAAGAAACUCAGUCAGGAGAUCUCAGAAAACUUAUCAGAUAAAAAUUUCUAAAUUUCACCAAACUUUCAGGCCAAAAUUAAAGAGCAAACCUUAUCAAGAUACUUUUUAUAUAAUCAAGUCAUAUGGUACUACUGUAAGUUUUUGGACCACCAAAGACAUUUAAAUAUUCUAAGAGCAACAUUUAAGUUUAAUGCAGCAUCAAGGUUGAAAUCAGCAACAAGGAGGUACCGUAUCAUCAAUAAGAUGGGGACCUCUGUUUCUACUCCUAAAAAGUAGAAAAAAUUUCAAAGGAGAGAUGUGGAACUCUUCUUAAAUAGAGUAGCUGGGUUUUCCACUUAUGGGAGAUGAGGUGGGGUCUAAAAAGACAAAUGACUUUUUACCACAAGAUCUUCCAGAGAAGAGCCAUCACUGAUAACAAGGUCAUUAAACUGGUCUUGGAUUUGGUCCAUAGUUUGUGGGAGAUCUCGAGCUGGAAUAAACCAUUCAUGUUCUUCUUCCUCUUCCAGCAUUUCUUGGAAACAGCGUUCAAUAAACUCUUCUUCCCACAACUCCUCUUCUAUCUAAAUUUACAACAAACAGGUGGUAAUCAUAGCAUAUCUGCUUAAGACAUCAGUAAAUAUCUUAAUUUUUUUUUUUUUUUUUUUGAGGCAGAGCUUCUCUGUGUAGCCUUGGUUGUCCUGGACCUGCCUUGUAGACCAGGUUGGCCUUGAACUCACAGAUAUCUGCUUGCCUCUGCUUCCAUGAGUGGCCUUAAAAUAUUUGAAAUCACAAUGUAAGGGCCGGGUGUGCCCUUUAAUCCCAGCACUUAGGAGGAGGGAAGGUUAUACAGAGACCUUGUCAAAAAAGAACAGAACUAAAUCAAACCAUAAUGUGGCUAGUCCUGUGGGUUUUAAUUUAUCUCAGCACAUGAAGAAAAAGGUAAAAUGACUACCAUGAGUUCCAGACCAGCCUGUAAUACAGAAUGAGCCUCUUUCUCCAAUGCUUCCUAACAGUCAGGCACAGUAGUGCACACCUGUAAUCUUAGGAGGCUGAGAUAUGAGAAUGGUUGAGUUUCUAUACACAUAAAACCCCACAAUAUCAGAGCUGGAAGUGUAACUCCUUGGCAGAGUACAUUAUUACUAUGAAUGAGGCCUUGGGUCUGAUCUCCCAACAUCAAAAUUCGUAAGUUAAGCUGAGUGCAGUGGCAGAGGUUUUUAAUCCUAGCACUCAGUGAGGCAGAGGCAGGCCAGCCUGGUCUACACAGUGAGUCUAGGACAGCUAGGGCUACACAGAAACCCUAUCUUGAAAAUCCAAAAGAAAAAAAAUAUCAAAAGUUAGAAACUUUCUUCCCUGUUUCUGUACUACCAAAAAAAAAAAAAAAAAAAAAAAAAGCCCCAAACUACCACAAAGACCUAGGAAGCUCUGUUUAGGAUUAUUUUAGGUCUUUCCUUGUCUCUACAGAAGGUUUUUUUUUCUUCUUUUCCAUUGAGACUAGCAAGGAGAAAGUAAUGGAGUGAUCUCUUUAAGAAAUAUUUUUCAGAAUUAUUUAAGAAGCCUUAAAACAUCCAAGCCCUAAUCCAACCCCAUAAAGACGAAAAUCUCUAAAAGGUAGAGAUUAAGGCUGGAGAGAUGGCUCAGGGGUUAAGAGCACUGACUGCUUUUCCAGAGGGCCCAUGGUCCCAGCAUCCACAUUACAGUUCCCAACUGUCUGUAAUUCCAGUUCCAGGGGCUCUGACAUCCUCACAUAGACAUACAUGUAGGCAAAACACCAACGCACAUAAAAUAAAUAAAUGGUUAAAAAAAAAAAGGUAGAGAUUAAAACAGCAGCAAAAUCUCCCAACUGAUCUAGGUGUGAGGGAGUAGACAAGGUGAGCCCUCAGCCCUACAAAACAAACACAAAACCUAAGGACUGAAGAAAGGACUCGCUGGGAAAGAGUGCUUGCUCUUCAUGCGCAGGACCCACGUCUGGUUCCCAACACCCAUGGUAGGCAGUUCACAAUUGCCUGUGACUCCAAUUCUGUGGGAGCCAAUGCCCUCUUUUGGCCUCUGCAGGAACUUGUACACACACAAAGAGUAAAAGCAGAUCUUAAACUCAGGCGUGACGGCUCAAGGCUUUAAUUCCAGCCAGCACUAAGAAGGUGGAGGCAGACCAGACAGGUAGAUCUGAGUUCCAGCACAGCCUGGUCUACAAAUUCUAGCCAAUAGGACUACAGGGUGAACCCCCCCCGCCCCCCCCACCAAAAAAACCCAAAAACCCAAAAAACAAAAAAAAAAAAAAAAACACAACAAAAAAAAGCAAAACCAAACCAAAAAACCCACCUCAAUUGACUCAAGCCUGAACUAUUUCACUCUGGAAUGUUCAUCAUAGGCUUUAGAGAAGUUGGGCUACUAAUGAUUUCUGAAACUGUGAUUAGGACUGGAAGUGAGAGAAUGAGAAUAGAUAGUAGAAACAUAGGAUUCAAAGAUGACCUCUUUCAAUAUAUCAGACUUCUCUGAAGAGAAGUAGCAGCAGAUUCUUACAGACUGACUAAGACUGAGGCUCUCCAGUGAAAACCAGACCAAUUUUGAUGUCUGUGGUCUGUUUGUUCCAGUUUUCUAAAUUUUCUUGGAUUUGCAGUGUAAUACAGAGAUAUGACUGGAUUAAGGCAAUGCUUUCCAAAAUGAAACUAUCUGGGAGCUUUUUUAUGUUUCCCAGGCUCCACCCUAGUCUUCUGAAUCAAUGUUUAGGGUGGGAACCUGAAACAAGCUACCCAAGUAAUUUCAAUGAGCUCUUCAGCCUGGCAGUGAUGAGCAGUCAAAUGAAACAGGAGUGGUAGCACAUACAUCCUUACAGUGCAUAUAAAGACCUAGACACGCACAGUUCAGGGCCAAGUGCAUAUUUCAGAGAGAUGAAGCUAUGGGAAAAAACAAAACAAAAACACGUUUGUAUACAAAACUAACUUGUCUGUUGAAUUCCUCUUCAUUUUCCAUCCACAUGUACUCUGCAAAUGGAUUAUCAUCUUCAUGAGAAUGACCGUUAAUAAUCACAUCUUCAUUGAUGAUGCUUGGGCUAGUACUGCUGCGACUUGGAUCUUUCAUGGUGGUGAUGGUGCGACGCCUUUAAUCCUAGCACUUGGGAAGCAGAGGCAAAAGGAUCUCUUCGAGGCCAGCCUGGUCUACAGCGUGAGGAUUAUACAGAGAAACCCUGUCUGGCAAUUUUGUGUGCAGCCAUGUGUAUGUGGAGAUCAGAGGACAAUUUUUUUUUUCUUUCUUUUUAAAAAGAUUUUUUAUACAGGUCUCUGCCUGUACACCAGAAGAGGGCAUCUCAUUAUAGAUGGUUGUGAGCCACCAUGUGGUUGAACUCAGGACCUUUGGAAGAACACCCAGUGCUCUUAACCUCUGAGUCAUCUUUCCAUCCCCAUAGAGGGCAGUUUUCUAGAGUAGGUUGUCUUCCAUCUUGUUGAGGCAGCACUACUGUGGCAGAUACUCCAAGCUAUAGAGUUUAUGGAAUCUCGGAGGAUUCUUAUGUCUUUCUGCCACUGUUGUUCUCUGACCUCCACACGCACCCUGUGAGGCAUGCUGUGAUAUACCCUAGUGUGUAAUAAAUAAAAAUAAUCAAGGUUACUGUGA